AUGGGCUCUAGUGCAGUCGAUCGCAACUUUACCAAGGCCAUCCCCAAGAUCGAGCUCCAUGCACACCUCAGCGGUAGUAUCAGUCGCCAGUGUCUGCACGAAAUAUGGCAACGCAAGAAAGAUCGCGACCCAGCCUUCUCGGUAGAGGAUCCCUUGAUCCUGAUGCCGCCAGGAAAGGUCGACUAUACUCUACAAACGUUUUUCGGUGUCUUUGGGAGAUCUAUAUAUCAGCUUUGCACCGACACUGAGAGCCUGGCAUACGCUACCAACUCCGUUCUUGAGGACUUUCUCCGCGAUGGAGUACGCUACCUGGAACUGCGCACGAUUCCUCGAGCAUCUCCGGACGGCUCCGUCACAAGAGAUGCGUACAUUACCACAGUGCUAGACACAGUGGAGAAGUUCCGAGCACGCAACCAAGAAAUGUCUGUCUUGUUGAUUCUGGCCCUUGACCGAUGCAACACCUCCGCCGCGGAAGCCAUAGAGAUCGUUGACUUGGCAAUCCAUAACAAGUCGCGCGGGGUUGUUGGAGUUGAUCUCUGCGGAAAUCCGACGCACGGAGACGUCACCAUCUACGGGGAUGCCUUUGCCCACGCCAAAGCCAAUGGUCUGGGACUCACGCUGCACUUUGCCGAGACCGCAACUUCGGCCUCGGCGGCAGAGCUAGCUACCCUGCUUUCUUUCCGUCCGGAUCGUCUAGGCCACGUCAUCCAUGUCCCUGAAGAUAUCAGGCGGGAAAUUGCGAGGCGGAAACUUGGUCUGGAACUGUGUAUGUCGUGUAAUGUCCAUGCACAAAUGAUCACUGGUGGGUUCCUUGAUCAUCAUUUUGGAUAUUGGCGGCAUGAGGACUGUCCGAUAGCGCUAUGUACCGACGAUGUGGGUUUCUUCUGCAGCCCCGUCUCUAAUGAGUACCUUUUGGCGGCAGAACACUUCGGCCUCGGUCGUGUGGAGCUGUGGGAGAUGUGCUUUAAGUCUGUAGAGGCGAUCUUUGGGGGAGAAUCCGAACAGCAAAGGCUCAAAAAUAUCCUUCUUGAGUUCAAGGAUAGCAGCUACUUCAGGUAG